GCAGGGAAGACUAAUCUAAAACAUCAACGAAGCCAUGAUGUUUAGAUCACUUGUCAUCGCCGUUUUAGUGUUACUAGAACUGACCGUUGGCCAGAUUUCUACGAGUGAUUGCGGUCAGCUUGAGCCCAUUUCAGAUGAUGAAGUAGAGUUGAUCGAGAAAAAAGACAACGAUUUCGAUCAGAUGAUUCUAUCGAAUGUAGCAAGACCGGUAAAACGGCCAGCUGGAAAAAAGAUGUCCGGCUUGUACUACGAUCAGUACAGAAAUGGCUCGAUUGUUGUCGUUGAGGAACCUUUAACAGGUUGUCAUGCUAACAGUCCGGGCACCGGAAUAAGCUUCACCCAGCUCGCCAAAGUGAAUCUGUAUGUGCAGUACUUACAGUAUCCCGAAUGGUACCUUGAUUACAAAAAGUGCUGCCCCGCCUCCCAGAACUACGGCUGUCGCAGUGUCAAGAAGCUGAUGCCGUGUUUUUACCACUACAUCAAGCCCGGCAUCAGAGCCUGGUGCUGCCCCCUGGAGAGGAUCAAAAUCAGCAACUGUAACUGUGGGAAAUGCGCCAUCUUCUGCCCAGACUGUUUGUACAGUGGCCAGUGCCAGAGGCGCUAUAAAUACACCAAGUUUGCAGCAGGAUGUGACGUCAGGUGGUGGGGGACUAUCGUCAACUUCGCCAUGUACCUGCCCACCAGCUGCUACUGCAGGCAGGUCUAGGAGCAGACGAUCAAAACGCAACAGCAGACGAUCUCUGACUUUCGAGCAUUUAAAUCUGUUCA